AUGGAGCCCGCCGCCGCAGGGCUUACCACCUCACAUCUUCGAGAUACCUCAAAUGCGAUUGCUACAUCCCAAUCCGAUGAGGCUAACGCUCCCCGCAUCGCACACACGUUGACAGCUUGCAUACGAUGUAAACAGAGGAAGUCCCGAUGUGACCCAGGCAUCCCCCGGUGUGAGCCAUGCAAGAGAAGCAACUCUAAAUGCGAAUACUAUGACCACACCAAAGAAAUUACAGUAUCGCGAGCGUAUAUUAUUGAACUAAGGGAGAAGAUCAGAAGACUCGCGCGUGAGGUUGAGGAACUGGAAGAUGAGGCCGAUCGUGCGCCUGACGCCGAGGCUAUGGCGCGCGGAGCAGGCCUUAUCAAAUUCAAAGAGACAGAUGAGUCAAGGUUCCUGGGGCCAUCUAGUGGCAUUGCUAUUACCCGGUUCGUCAUGGACAUGGCAAAGCAGAAUACGGGCUCAAAAUCAAUAAAAGAAGUCGUGAACGAGAAUACCGCCCAGCAGAUAAAAUCAGUCUUUGAUAUUGAGAGCCAAAAACCGACUUCAAAGGUUUUUCCAAUGAUAAGUUCUGUGGCCGAACCAAAUCUUCCACCUCGAGAACUCACAAAUAAACUCAUUGAUAUCUUUAUAGCAAGGGCCCAAUAUAUGAUUCCCAUACUCCAUGAGCCAACCUUCCGUUCUGAUGUCGAUAUCGUCUUUAACGGAUCUCAAGAUCCAUGCCGGAACUUCCAGUUGCGCCUCGUUAUAGCCAUCACUGCCCUACCUUACUUCGACAGAUGUUUGGCCAAGAUGGAUAUCUCAACGUUGCAAUGUUGUGCUCUUAUGGCCUUAUACUCCCUCCUGACACCAACUAGAACGGCCGCCUACUGGGUGGUCGGGGUUGCUGCCAAAUUAUGCCAAGACCUCGGCAUAUCAGACGAAGAGACUAUCACUAAAGGAGCGAAUGGGCAACCGCUCAACUACCUUGAAAUUGACAUGCGGAGAAGGCUGUUCUGGAUUAUAACGUCUAUGGAAUAUGGUCUCUCGCACAGCCUUGGUCGCCCGAGCUCAUUCUGUGUGAGCCAUGACCAUAUAAACGUCAAUUUCUUCCAUACUUGUGAUGACCGUUAUAUUACCCCUAGUGGCAUUUUACCUGAAGCGCAACCAAUAAUGAAAAAAUGCAUUGCAAUUCAUUUCUUUAAAAUGAGGCUUUUACAGGCCGAAAUCCGACGAAAGCUGUACCUUUGCAAACGGCCAACUCCGCUAGACGACAGAGACCCUUGGUUCACGCAAAUGCUAGACAAGAUGGAUCGAUGGGUUGAAUCAUGCCCUAAAAACGAUGAAGGGAGCGGCUUUAGCCAGUUGUGGUUCCAAGGCAGACGCAACACGAUGAUUGUGUUUAUGUAUCGCCCCUCUCCACAGAUUCCGGAGCCUUCACUUUAUGCGGCUCAAAGAUGCUAUGACGCUUCUGUCUUUAAUGUCAAGAUACAGCGCGAACAGGUUGCCAACGGAUCAAUAGACCUUACGUGGAUAUUCACACAAUCUGUAUUCAUGGCACUAAAUACCAUUUUAUGGUCACUUUCCUAUCCUGAAAUCCGAAAAGAACACCCUGUCGGAGAUGUAAUAGGGGAAAUUCGCCUAGCCAUGGAAAUCCUUGCCAUCAGCUCGGAGCGUUGGCCAGGGGUUGAAUCUGCACUCGAACUCUAUAAGAGCCUUAUUUCCGGCUGCCUCAAAGCAUAUGGAACUGAUGAGUCCUACGUGGUUCAUUCUCCUCCUUCAAAUCGCCCAUCUCCCUCUCCUAGCUCCGAUUUUGCAACACCUCCUCCAAUGUCUCAUUCGCCCAACACUGCCUCGGUUCCAUCUCCCAUAUCUCAACACAAACCUACAUCAAAUCGACUUAGCUCAAGUCCGUACGAAACCGCACAUUCUCGUACAUCUUUUGAAACGGCAACGCUUCACCCGGGGCAGCUAAAGUUCGAAUCCACAACCCCUCCACCCCAUACAACAAUGUCAACAAUACCCUAUGAUCUUACCCUACCACAGCAAGUCACCUACAGUAACGAGAACAGAUCAAGCAUUGACCCGAACUCGAGCAGCCCAGCCCAACCAUUCUCAUCUCCAGAAGCCAAUACUCUCGCACAAUGCGACAUUAGCCCGACCCCAAGAAACAACUUUGACCCCAGCUCAUUCCAUAAUAACUUCCCCUCGGUAUUACCGGGCCUUCACCACUGGGACCCUAAUUAUAAUACCGCUUCCACGACGGCAAGCUAUCUGACAUACCCUGGCGUCGCUAUCGAACCGAUGUCAUGGGUAGGCACUAUCGGUGACCAAUACUCCCAAUUUUUCAAUCAGCCAUACCAAUCCACUCUAUUCAGGGAUCGUAGGCUGAGUUAUGAGGAACACGCAGAAUUGAUGAAUACCAUUGGGCACGACCUACCAGAUGUUUCACAACUGGUUGAAGAACCAGCUACCUUUUACACUCCCAGCAUGGUACCUUAA